CACUGAAAGUAGUCUUUAAAAAGUAAAGUACUACAUUUUCAAAUGUAACUUCAACCUUGGCUACAAGUUAUUUGUGAGCUACCCACCAUGUGAACCAGCACUCAGGGCAUGCCUUUUGUCUCCCCUGCACAAGCACACAGUCCAGCGGUUGCCAUGGCGAUGGAGGAAACAAGUCCUUUACUAAAAUCGUCACGAACACAAACGGGUCCAAUGUAUUCGGUACAGACAGCCAUUGAUGCCUUGGGCUUUGGGCGUUUUCAGGUGAAAAUCUCAGCUCUAGCAGGUCUGUGUUAUAUGUCCGACGCUAUGGAAAUGAUGCUGUUGUCCAUUUUGGCCCCUGUGCUGAAGUGUACCUGGCAACUGAGUGGACUACAGGAAGCUUUGCUGACCUCGGCUGUUUUUCUGGGGAUGGGGAUCACAUCAAACUUUUGGGGAUAUUUGUCGGAUAAAUACGGACGACGGCCGAUAUUACUUUUGUUUUCUGCUUUCACUGGCUACUUUGGAAUGUUAAGUUCCCUGGCGCCGUCCUAUAUUUGGAUGGUCUGUCUACGAUUUAUCGUUGGAUGUGGAUUAGGAGCGACGCCUCAAGCGAUGACCUACUACUCAGAGUUUUUGCCCACAGCAUCCAGAGGCCAGUGCCUAAUGGCCAUAGCUUUCAUGUGGGCACUUGGGUCUUGCCUUGAAGCAGUUCUUGCCCUUGUUGUCAUACCAACCCUUGGAUGGAGGUGGCUGCUGGGAAUUACUUCAAUUCCUGUGUGUCUGUUUUCAAUGUUGUUUAAGAUGUUGCCUGAAAGUCCCAGAUACCUUUUAAUCCAUGGUCAAAUGAAAGAAGCCACAACCGUUUUAGAAGAUAUGGCCAAAUCGAACAAAACAAGCUUGCCAGAAGGGACAUUACAAGAGCCAGAAAAGCAGAACCACACAACUAGCAGUUGGAAAGACUUAUUUCAGUCUGAAUACAGAAGAACUACUAUCUUAGUUUCUUUGAUGUGGCUGAGUGGAAACAUGGGCUACUAUGGUACAGCUAUUCUUACUACCAGUCUGUUUGAGCAAGCAGAUGGUUGUCAUGGCUAUGACAGUCAGUCCUCUCAAGAAGAAAAAUGUGACGUCCACUGUCAGGCUUUGUCUACAUCGGACUACGUAGAUUUUCUUGUCACAACAUUAAGUGAAGCUCCAGGUUUACUUGUCACAAUGUUUCUACUGUCUAAACUGGGGAGAAAAAAAGUGCUUGUCUCCCUUUAUUUCUGCUACACAGUUGUGUUGCUGAUGUGCAACAUAUGUGCACCAAGGAGUGUUUUAGUGGCCUUGAUGUUUGUAACAAGAGCUUUGGGGAACGGAGCUGCCCAGGGCAAUUAUGUUUACACCGCUGAAGUAAGGCUUUAACAAACUAAUCAG